UUUCCCACUACUGUACUACCUCAUUCACUGUACAGACAUUUCAAUUUCAGCAUUUGCUUUAACCUUGUAAAACAUAUUUACAAUAGGCAUGUUCUGAUCUAACUAGCCUAUCUGAUUCAACUUUGCUAUUAGGGUUCUCAUCAUUUGGCAAUGUUGUUGUUCUGCCCUACUUGCGGGAAUUUGUUAACAGUCGAGGAGGGGACUAGAUGUUACAGGUUUGCUUGCCCAACUUGCCCAUUCAUUCAUAAUAUUAAUAGAAGAAUAAGCGCAAGGAAAUAUCCAAAAUUAAAGGAGGUGGAUGAUGUGUUAGGUGGAUCUGCUGCAUGGGAGAAUGUUGAUUCAACAGAAGAGACUUGUCCAAAAUGUGAACACAAAAGGGCAUUCUUCAUGCAAAUUCAAACUCGAUCAGCAGAUGAGCCAAUGACAACUUUUUAUAAAUGUUGUAAGAUUGAAUGUGGUCAUCGUUGGAGGGACUGAUUUGGUCAAUGUAGCACAAAAUGAUAUGGAUCAUCUUGAGUCGGGAGGGAAUGAUAUUAGAGCAGAAAUUGGAAAAUGAUUACUAAGUGGAUGUCAAUGUGUGAAAAUAAGAAUCUGAAUUCUUCACAAUGCUCAAAUUCAUUAAUAAGUUACAAGCUUUUUAUAUUACACCUUCAUGCAUCACGAAACUUGUAUUAGAGUAGAAGGGUUCACAGUUUCCAUACUGUAAGGUUUCCAGUUUGGUAUGGACACUACUACCAGCUUGGGUGAGGUUCUGAUUGAAAAAUUCUCAAAUAUCAUCUUGAAUCUCUCUAUCACUUUUUGUAAUGAAAGUCCGCAAUUAGUAAUAAAAACAGAUAGUUACUUCAUUCAGAUAACAUAGAACGCAACUUUCGUAAUUAAUAUUUUUUAUAUAUUAGAGACCAAAAUCAUAAGUGCUAAGGGCCCACAAAAGGUGUGACAUGGCCCUAGCGAUAACAACCUGCUAUUCUGCUGAUACAAACAUGCGUGGUAAGGUUUUCAAUUUUAUCUUGUUUUGAUUAUGAUUUAUAUACGAUCGUGGUAAAUCGUCAAAUUUGAUCUGUUAUUGAUUCCUUUCCAUUGCAGUCGAUCGGUUGUUUUCAAGAUAUGUAAUAGAAUCCCAAGGAUAUGCAUUUAUUUUAGUGGAAUAGAAAACUGAUUGACCAUA